ACAAAUGAUAGUGACAUUGAUCGUCGAAAGCUAUCACGUACAGUGCCUAUGAAAGUCCUAUGCUUGGGGUUGGGAAGAACGGGAACAGCAUCGCUUCGUUCCGCCUUGAAACAGCUGGGGUUCGAGGAUACAUACCAUAUGAUGAGCGCCAGCGUCGAGAAUCCCCCCGACUGCCUGCUGUGGAGCGAAGCUCUUGCGGCAAAAUACGACAAUACUGGGCAAACCUUUGGAAAAGACAAGUGGGAUGCUUUGUUGGGCCACUGUCAAGCUGUAUGCGACUGGCCCGCGGCUUCGUUUGCAAGUGAGCUGGUCGCGGCAUACCCGGAAGCGAAGGUCAUCCUCACGACACGAGACGUCGAUAACUGGUUUAUUUCCACGAAAGCCACCGUUGACUGGCGCGUCAACGACGGCUUCCUCAGGGCUUUGUCCUACGUCGAUUGGGCUUCAUCCAUGUACCACCCAAUGCUUUGGAAAUAUUGGAAUUCGGUCUUCAUGGGCGAUUUUGAUAAGAACGCUAAGGGUGUGUUUCUGUCCCAUAACGAGCGGGUUCGGAGUCUUGUGCCCCCUGAUAGACUCCUGGAGUUCUGCAUGAGCGACGGUUGGGAGCCGCUUUGCAAAUUUUUGGAAUGCCCCAUCCCUGCGGGACCGUUUCCACAUGUCAACGAGGGGGAUUCAUUCAUCAAACGCGUUAGGCGGAGGAAUUACCUUCAGUUGUGUAAUGUACUUUUUCGCUGGUCUACUUGGGCAUUGGCCUGCUGGAUCUUGUAUACGCUUACGCGAAGCGGGGGAAGUACAUGA